GCCUUCCCAACUCAACGUCUUUCAUUAGGAAAUAAUGAUAAACCUACCCUGUCCUAGCUUGGUGCUGCAUUCCUCAAAUCCUUUAAGUGCACAUAAGAUGAGUCUUUUUUUUUCUUUGGGUUUUAACUGGAGCUGGAGUGACAUUUACGUACAAAGCCUCACUGAUUCUUUCAAAACUGAAUGGGGCUUUUCUCUGCAGGACAGUGAGCCCGGGCAGUGCUGAAUAAAGAUGGCUGUCAUUGGGAAGCUAACAAACUAAUUGAAUCAUAAGUAAGGGGGCGUGGACCUUCUUGGAUUGAAUUAACAGAACCUCAAGAAAAACCACAGAGAUUUACUGAAGAAGCAGAGAAAAGGCAGGACGGUGCUGAUAGGAGAUAUUCAACCAUAAAGUCGGAGACGGAGGCAGGUUUCUUGUGUUUAAGAUGAAGACUGCAGUUUUAUUCUAGAAAGACAUAAGAACAAGAGAACAGACACGGACAGUCCGUAAUGUCGUCGACGCUGUUUUGCUCUCUGCUUCUCCUUUGUUUACUUCCAGCAGUGGUUCCCCUCUUCUGCUACACCUGUGUGUUCCCCGCCAUCUCACCUCUGGACUGCAUCCGAUUCCCCCUCAAAUGUCCCCCCGAGCAGGUCUGUCUGUCCAGCAGAGCUGUGGGCGAGAAAGGAGACCUCCGUGUGGUGUUGUAUGAGAAGAGCUGCAUCCUGCCCUCGCUGUGUGGAGUCACGGGGGAAAAAUACACCAUGGGACUCAACUUCACCUUCACCAAUGAGUGCUGCGACACACAUCUGUGCAACGGAGCUGCAACACUUGCUGCACCCUCCUGGACUGUCAGAUUAAUAAUUACACUUAUUAUUUCAUACACGGUUUGGUGAAAAAAAGAGAGAAAUAUAACAGCAAAGAAGAAGAAAACUAGUAUGGCACAAAGAGCGGAGCUUCCCUUUCUGUCCUCCGACCGCCAUUCAACCGCAAUACUUUCAACAGUAGAGUAAAAUGUGCUUUGUUUUACCACCAGUGGUUUGGGAUGUUUUUGUAAGGGUGAUGGGAAUAAGUGAAACAUGAUAAGCUCAUGUU